AUGAACAGGCUAUCAAAUUCUCAAUUGGGCCGACAUUGGAAUGUAAAUGGCAGUGCUGUGAUCAGCUGUGACUACUCGCAUGAUGAAUACGAUCUGUGCAGAGUCAACGGGUCAACACUUUUUGAUCCGGCAUCCUCGACAAUAUAUGCCAUGGGUCCUCACACACAGAAUCAAUCCCAUGUCCCUGUGAAAAUCCGACCUUACCCACUUAAAAGUGACAAACUAGCAAUGGCUGCUGUGAAAGAACUCAAUCUCACCGAAGCCCCAACGAAGCUAUCAUGUGGUGUCACACACCGUACCCCUGCACUUGUAUUCAGUGCGGCGGGUUACACCGGAAACUAUUAUCAUGAAAUAAACGAGAAUUUCAUCCCACUCUUCAUCACCAUCACUUCGCUAUUCCCUAAUCAAGAUGUAACACUUUUGGUCACAGAAGGUAAGAGUUGGUGGUUUCAGAAGUACGGUGAGUUAUUAUCGGCGUUGAGUCCCCUCCAUUCGAUCAUCAACGCAAACAACCUAUCAACCGUCCAUUGUUUCCCAUCGGCGACCAUAGGGUUGAUGAAGCAUGGACCCAUGAUGAUAGACCCGAAAUUGUUACCAAACCCUAAAACCCUUUUUGAUUUCCGUGCAUUCCUAGGCAAAGUAUACACCGAAAUUGGUACCCCAUUUAUGCAGCCAAAUGAAAAUGGGAAGCCACGUUUGACAUUGAUAAGUAGAAGGCGCGGUGUGAGCCGUGUGAUUUUGAACGAAGAAGAUGUGAUAAAGGUGGGUGAGGAAAUAGGGUUUAACGUGCAUGUGUUUGAGCCAUCAACAAGCACUCCUAUGGCACAAGUUUAUGGGGUGGUUCAUUCCAGUGAGGUGUUGUUGGGGGUGCAUGGUGCAGGGUUAACAAAUUUUCUGUUGAUGAAGCCAGGAUCAGUGUUGGUUCAAGUGGUGCCCUUUCACCUUGAAUGGGUUUCAGAAACUUACUACAAGAAACCACCCAUCAAGUUAGGGUUGGAAUACGUGGAGUACAAGAUUGAGUUGAACGAAAGCAGCUUGUUAGAGAAAUAUGGUGCUGAUAGCUUGGUGAUCAAGGACCCUGCGGCUUUUCAAAGCAAAUACUCCCAUAAAAGGGUAUAUUGGACGGAGCAAAAUGUUAGGAUCGAUAUAAUCAGAUUUAGAUCUUGUUUGAUAAAAGCUUAUGAGAAGGCCAAAAUAUUUAUGAGCAAAGUUCAUUAG